UAGAGUUAACACAAAUUCUCGUCUUUGUCUAUAAAAUAGAAAAACUUUCAUCAAAAAAAAAUUCUUCAAAUUCUCAAUUCCACCCUUCGAAUUUCACAAUCAACCUCACCUGAAUGGCUCCGGCGACAGCUCCGGCGUCUCCAUCGCCAUCUUCUAUCAAGCUAUCAAGCUUAAUCCGCCGCACCCAUGCACCUCACAAAAUUCAAAAGAAGCUUUCAUACUCCUCCUCUUCCUCCACCUUCGAGGAGGAGGAGGGGAAUAAGUUACUAUCGCUUGUUAAUAUAUAUAAGAGGGCUGAGUACACGGUGGGUGAGGAGGAGGAUUACGGUGACCUCCUGUGUGAGCAAUGUGGGUCCGGUGAACAACCGGAGGAGCUGCUUUUGUGUGACAAAUGUGACAAUGGUUUUCAUAUGAAAUGUGUCAGACCAAUUGUUGUUCGAGUUCCGAUUGGUCCGUGGAUUUGCCCCAAGUGUUCUGAUGUGAAGGUCAAGAAACUCAAAAAGCUUUCUCAGAAGAAAAUUCUUGAUUUCUUCGGGCUUCGUAGGGAUUCUCUUUUCGGGAACAAUCGUGCUUCUUCUCAGGAUGCUAUGAAGCGUCGGAGACGUCCAAGACCUCUGGUGGUACAGAAGAAAAGGAGAAGGCUUUUACCAUUUGUUCCUACAGAAGAUCCUGAUAGGAGGCUGAAACAAAUGGCUUCCCUUGCUACCGCUUUAACAGCAUUGGAUAUAGAGUUCAGUAAUAAGCUGACGUACUUUCCAGGAAUGGCUCCUAGAUCUGCUAAUCGAUCCAUUUUAGAGAACGGUGGAAUGCAGGGUCUUACUAAGGAAGAUACGCAGACCUUAAAACGCUGCAUAGCUAUGACUAAACAAGGCCAAUUCCCUCCCUUAAUGGUCGUUUAUGAUUCAUGCCAAGGCUAUACUGUGGAGGCUGAUGGCCCAAUCAAAGAUAUGACAUUUAUUGCUGAAUACACUGGCGAUGUUGAUUAUAUAAAGAAGAGAGAAUCUGAUGAUUGUGACAGUAUGAUGACGCUGCUUAUUGCAACAGAAGCUGCUGACAGUCUUGUUAUCUGUGCUGAUAAACGUGGAAACAUUGCUCGCUUCAUCAGUGGCAUCAACAAUCAUACUCAGGAAGGCAGGAAGAAGCAGAACUGUAAAUGUGUGAGAUAUGAUGUUAAAGGUGAAAGCCGGGUCUUAUUGGUUGCUACUCGAGAUAUUUCCAAGGGGGAGAGGCUUUAUUAUGACUAUAAUGGUUAUGUGCAUGAAUACCCAACUCAUCAUUUUGUCUGAGCGAAGUUCAUAAAUAUAUCUUAAUAAUCCUAUAGAAUUAGGACCAAUUUUUAGACCCUCAGGAAAGAAUUUUCAUGAUUCUCUUGAAAACUUUAACUUAUAGUCCUUUCAGAUUCAACAAAAUUUUUCUUAAAUUGUUACCGUGGGCAACUCGUUGUAUUUUACGCCAUAUAGCUGGCCUAAUUAUGUGGCUUAGAGAUGAAUAGAGAACCCUAGGAAAACCUUCUUCAUUUAGUUUUUUUUUUUUAAUCUCGAAAUUUGAACUGAGAUAUACAUGUUUUUAUUUUACUAUAGUUUCAAUCUAAGGGAUUGAAAAGUUUUCCGGAUUUUA